CCAGGGAAGGCCACUCAUCCAUCGUGAAGGAGCUGAAGGAGACGAUGACUGAAAAGCCAGGGGCCAUCGUGCUGGCAGUAGGGGGUGGAGGCCUCUUGUGUGGAGUGGUCCAGGGGCUGGUGGAGGUGGGCUGGAGGGACGUGCCCAUCGUCGCCAUGGAGACCAUCGGAGCUGAGAGCUUCCACGCUUCCACCAAGGCCGGCAAGCUCGUCACCCUGCCCCGCAUUACCAGUGUUGCCAAAGCCCUGGGCGUGACCACCGUGACGGCGCAGGCUAUGAAGGUAUAUCGGGAACACCCCAUUUUCUCUGAAGUUGUCUCGGACCAGGAGGCUGUGGCUGCUCUUGAGAAGUUUGUGGGUAUGUAUGUGCUAAGUCCUUUUGAGACCCAACCCUGCUGGCUAAGGACUAUGUGGCUGUCAGAUUGGCAUGCCAAGGGAUGUCAUUCGCAAUUCUGUCUCCUAUCCCUCUGUGGAACUUCCCAUUAAUGAAAGUUACUGCAGUCCAGGGGUUAAAACAGAAAGACCGAGGGGACAAAUGAUAAAAGUCAGAAAAUGUAAGAGCAGGGGAAAAUAACUGCGUAUGUAAAAUGUUGGUUCUGAGCAAUGUAGUCAGGGUGAAAAAGGAAACUAUGGACCUCAGUGUUGGACAGAGGUGAGUCUGCGACUACGCUGGACUCUUUUUAAAAUAUCCUUGUGAUUCUUUUACUCUUCCAGAUAAGCUUUUUUAUUUUUGCCACAUAGCAUGGGCUUCCCAGGUGGCUCAGUGGUAAAGAAUCCACCUGCCAAUAUA